AUGGCCUUUGUUUCUACUUUCCAAGCCCCUUGGCAGUCAGGCAUUCUCGCCGUCUUUGGGGCUGCAAUUGCUUCGACGUUUGUGUAUGCCAUCUAUCACCUAUUCUUCCAUCCACUUGCGCACUUUCCAGGACCAUUCUGGGCAAAGUUUACUUGCCUCUACUCUGGCUAUCAUGCAUGGAAGGGUGACUUGCAUAUUGACAUGCAGCGUUGCCAUGAAAAAUACGGGGACUUUGUGCGCUAUGCACCGAACCAGCUCUUGAUCAACACUUCUAUUGGGCUUCAUGAUAUCUACGGCUUCGGACGCAACACUCAGAAGUCCAAGCUGUACAGUGCCAUGGUCCAUCGUGCCCCGAACACCCUUACCCUCAUCGACAAAAAGGCGCAUGGUAGAAAGAGGCGUAUCAUCAGUCAGGGUCUUUCUGAUGCCGCACUAAGGCGGUACCAGCCUGCUAUUCUAAAGCAUAUCAAUGAGCUCUGCGGCGCGCUGGUGGGUAGCAAGCCCAGCGAGUGGUCUGUUCCACUGAACGUCGCACACUACUUCAACUUCCUUACCUUCGACAUCAUGUCCGACGUCUUAUUCGGCGAACACUAUAACAUGGUAACAAGCGAGGAACACCGCUAUGUUGUCAAAGCGAUCGAGGACUCUAACGUCCGGACAUCCGUCCUAGCCCAAGCCCCUCUUCUUGCUUUCCGGCGCUGGGACCGUAAGAUCUUCGCGGAGUCCAUUCUCGCCAGGAACAAGUUCAUCCAGUUCGUAAAUACCCUUCUUCAGCGCAGAUUCAAAGCCGCCAAGUCUGCCCGCCAGGAUGUAUUCACCUUUCUCUUGGAUGCUAAGGAUCCCGAGACUCAGCAGAGUCUGUCCCUUGCCGAGAUUGGUGCUGAAACAACGACCCUCGUUGUAGCUGGCUCGGACACAUCCUCCACAGCCUUCUCCUCUUGCCUCUUCUACCUCUCCCACAACAAGGACUGGUACAACCGCGUAGCCACCGAAGUCCGAAACACGUUCUCCUCCCCGGACGAAAUCACUCUCGGUCCCCGCCUGAGCUCCUGCAUUUACCUCCGUGCUUGCAUUGACGAAUCCCUCCGAAUGUCGCCUCCCGCCGGAUCCGCUCUCUGGCGCGAAGUCGGCCCCGGCGGCGCCACCUUCGAUGGCCACUUCAUCCCUGCUGGCUGCGACGUCGGAACCGGCAUCUAUGCCAUCCACCAUAAUGAGAACUAUUACACUGAGGCUUUCAACUUCCGCCCUGAACGAUGGAUCCUGGCUGGGGCGGAGGGCGACACUGAGGCCGUAGGAAUGGCUGAUCGAGACAGUCUGGCUAAGGCGCAGGGCGCGUUUAACCCUUUCUCAAUUGGUCCUAGGGGAUGCAUUGGAAAGGGGUUGGCGCUGGCUGAGCUUACUCUGGGUAUUGCGACGAUGUUGUGGAGGUAUGAUUUUGCCUUGGGUGAGGGGAAGGGUAUGGCUCUUGGUGCGGGGAGAAAGGGAUUGGGGCCUGGUAGGGAAAGGGAGAAUGAGUAUCAGUUGUAUGAUCAUAUUACGGCGUCGAAGGAGGGGCCCAUGGUUUGUUUUAGGGAAAGGGUGUAG